AUGAGCGCGAUUGCUCAGACGAACGCGCCGCCGCCAUCGGCACCAACCGCGCCAAUUCAUCAUUUCGGCGAGCAGGAAUUCAUGAUGCAUCAGCUGCAGUGGAAUCCGACGGCGAUGCCGUUUGGAUCGUUCAAGGUGCAGAAGCAAUCGACGACGCCGUACUCGGACGCGACGAAUUGCAAGAAGAGCUCGAAUCACAUCAAGCGUCCGAUGAACGCGUUCAUGGUUUGGUCGCAAAUGGAGCGACGCAAAAUCUGCGAACAUCAGCCGGACAUGCACAACGCGGAAAUCUCGAAACAGUUGGGCUCGCGUUGGCGUCAUCUCACCGAAGAGGAAAAGGCGCCGUUCGUCGCCGAAGCCGAACGAUUGAGAGUCAUGCAUAUGCAGGAAUACCCAGACUACAAGUAUAAGCCGAGGAAGAAGCCGAAAAAGAAUCCGGACGGUUCGAUUCAGCAGGCGGCGUCGAAUCAGCGCGGCGUCUCGCCGAAUCGCCAACGAAAACGAGCGCAUCCCGUCGAGCAGCAUCGUCAGAUGGCGGCGAAAUCGAUGAAAAUCGAGCCGGUCUGGACGGCCGACGAUCAUCAGAAGGCGAUCAAAAUGCAACUCCAUCAUCAGCAGCAUCAGCAGCAGCAAUCGUUCGCCUCGUAUCCGUCGCCGUCCGAAUAUGGGCAUGCGCCGUUGACGCCCGAAUCGGGCUUCUACGACGACUUCUACGGACACGCGGCGUUCCAUCAGAGUCCGUCGGCGGCGUCGGCGAUUCCGACGAUGCGAAUGCCGAUCGAUCAUCCGAUGAUGCACUUCCCGCAUGGCCAUCCGUUCUAUUUGUCGCCGUGCACACAGGAUCAGGACGACAUGCGCUCACUGUCGUCGGGCUCAUCCGGUUACGGUAGUGUGCCGGGCGGCGACGUCACCGAGAUGCCAUCGACAUCAUCAUCAGCAUCAUCAUCAUCAUCAUCGUCAACGACGACAACCACCACCACCAGCUCGUCGACACCAUUCGGCAGCACGUCGGCGAUCGACGAGCUGUCGACGAUCUGCCCGACGAUCACCGAGUUGCCGUUCAUCGGCUCCGGCGUCUGGGAGGAGAUCUACAAGACAAUCUUCUAA